AUGGCUAGAAAAGGUAGAGCUGCGAUUCUUCCAAACAAUAUCAUUUUGUUACAGAAUUUAGUGAAACGUGAUCCGGAGUCCUACAAAGAAGAGUUUUUACAACAAUAUUCUCAUUAUGAAUCUCUACGUGAUAUUUUUAUGAUGAAUGGUAUGGCUCAGAGUGCCGCCGCUGCUGCUGCCACCACCACUUCAUCUAAUGGUAUCCCUGAUGAUAGUGCAAACCGUGUUGAAACUAACAGUGUUGGUAUUAAUGGUAAUGCCUCAGUCGGAGAACUUGUUGAGUUGAUUGGGUUUAUUUCCCAAGUUUGUUCAUGUUUCCCAGUACAAACUGCUAAUUUCACAAAUGAAUUAAGACAGUUACUAUUAGAACAUCAUAAAACUUUACCAUUUGAAUUGAAGGAAAAAAUUUUAACUUCCUUAACAAUGUUAAGAAACAAAGGUGUUAUUAGCGCCGAACAACUAAUUCAAACUUUAUUCCCAUUAUUAAUCGCUUAUUCUUUACAAGGUAAUUCACUUGGUUUAAAUUCUCAUGCUAAAGAGUUACGUCGUUUAAUUUAUAACAAUUUGGUAACCUUAUUGAAAAAUAGUAAUUUAGGUUCAAAGAAUCAAAAAUUGAAUAAGUCUACACAAGCUAUUUGUUUCAAUCUAUUAGAUCAACCUGAUUCUCAAGGUAUUUGGGCCGCUAAAUUAACAAGAGAAUUAUGGCGUCGUGGUAUUUGGGAUGAUUCUAGAACUGUUGAAAUUAUGACACAAGCUGCAUUACAUAAUGAUGCUAAGAUUGCAUUAUCUGGUAUUAUGUUCUUUUUGGAUGCUGAUCGUGAACGUGAGGAAACAUUUGAAGAAAAUAGUGAUGAUGAUGAUGAUAGUGUUAAUGUUGAUGCAUUAAAACAUCGUCUUGAAAUUAAUAAAAAGACAGGUAAACGUGCUAAGAAAUUAAAGAAUGCGAUUAAUACCGUUAAGAAACGUAAUCAUACAAAGGGUCAAGCUAAUCAAAAUUUCUUAAAUUUUAGUGCUAUCCAUUUAUUAAGAGAUCCACAAGGUUUUACAGAAAGAUUAUUUAAAGAACAUCUUGGUGGUAAUAAACGUAAUAAUAAAUUCGACAUGGAACAAAAAAUUUCAAUUAUGCAAUUAUUAUCACGUUUGAUUGGUACACAUAAAUUGACAGUUCUUGGAAUAUACACAUAUUUCCUUAAAUAUUUAACACCAAAACAAACUGAUGUUACUAAAAUUAUGGCAGCUAGUGCACAAGCAUGUCAUGAAUUAGUCCCACCUGAGACCUUACAAGUUCUUGUAAGAAAGAUAGCUGAUGAAUUUGUAUCAGAUGGUGUUGCUAAUGAAGUUGCUGCAGCAGGUUUAAACACAAUUCGUGAAAUUUGUUCACGUGCUCCUUUAGCCAUUGAAGAAACAUUACUACAAGAUUUAAUCGAAUACAAACAAUCUAAAGCUAAAGGUGUUAAUAUGGCAGCUAAAUCUUUACUUGCAUUAUAUAGAGAUAUUGCGCCUGAAAUGUUAAAACGUAAGGAUAGAGGUAAGACAGCCACAUUAGAUUUAUUAGAGAAACAAAGAAAUGGUAAAGAUAAAUCUGACAAGAGUUCACGUGAUGUCCGGUUACAAUUUGGUGCAGAUCAUGGUGUUCAAGGAAUUCAAGGUCUUGAAUUAUUAGCUCAAUGGAAACGUGAUCAUGCUACAGACGAACAAAAUGAUGAAACUGAAGCAGCAAAUUGGGAAGUAGAUAAUGAUGGAAAUAGUGAUGGUGAAGAUGUCGAUGGUGCGUGGGUUACAGUAGAGAGUGAUAAAGAAUAUAAUGUGGCAAGUAGUAACGAAGAUAGUGAUCUUGAAUUAAGUGAAGAUGAUGAAGACGAAAAACCAAAGGAGAAACUUGCAACAGCAGCCGAAGCUUUCCAAGAAUUAGCCGCUACAAGAAUCUUGACCCCAGCGGAUUUUGCUAAACUACGUGAAUUACAAACUGAAGAAAAUGUUUUACAACAGAUGGGCCACAGCACACGUGACCAACAUGGUAAUAAUCGUAAUGAAGAAAUUAUUGAUGCAGCUGGAUUAGUUGGGCCUGUUAAAUAUAAACAAACACGUGAAGAACGUAUUGCUAAAAUUAUGGAAGGUCGUGAAGGGCGUGAGAAAUUUGGUAGUCGUAAAGGUAAACGUGAAGGUGGCCAUUCUACAACAAAUCGUGAAAAACAACGUAAGAAGAAUUUUGUUAUGAUGAUUCAUAAGAGGUCUGUUACAGGUAAACAAAAGAUGUCCCUAAGGGAUAAACAGAAAGUGUUACGUGCUCAUAUCACGAAACAAAAGAAACGUGGUCAUUAA